AUGGACUUUGCUGAAAUCAUUUUCGCUUUGUUCAUCGUCGUGGUCGCGAUCGUCUCUCUGUUGUCCAACUUGUUGGUGCUGCUAUGUUUCGUCCACAGCACCGAGAUACGCCGACAGGUGCCCGGUGUUUUCACCAUGAACUUGUCUUUCUGCAACAUACUCAUCACUGUUUUGAACAUGCCGGCCACUCUGGUGGGGAUUAUCAGAAAGCAGCAGCCCUUUGGAGAUUGCGUUUGCCACACGGUGAGCUUUCUGGAGACUUUUCUCACCGCAAACACCAUGCUGAGCAUGGCGGCUCUCAGCAUAGAUCGGUGGAUAGCGGUCGUCUUCCCGCUCAGUUACUCCACCAAAAUGCGCUACAAGGACGCGCUGAUCAUGGUGUGCUACUCCUGGCUGCACUCCUUUACCUUUUCCCUGACGGCGCUGCUCUUCUCCUGGGUCGACUACAGCGACGUUUACGCGUCCUGCACCUUGCAGCCGAGCGAGGAAGGCAGCGACAGGAUUAAGUUUACAAUCUUCACUAUCGUUUUCCACGCCACCAGUUUCAUUCUGUCCCUGCUCAUCUUGUGUUUCACCUACUUGAAGGUGUUGAAGGUCGCUAGGUUUCACUGCAAGAGGAUUGACAUUAUCACCAUGCAGACUCUGUUCCUGCUGGUCGAUAUUCACCCAAGCGUGAAACAAAGAUGCUUAGCAGAGCAAAAGAGGAGAAAGCAGAGAGCCACGAAGAAGAUCAGCAUCUUCAUCGGCUCAUUUAUCAUCUGCUUUGCUCCUUAUGUAAUCACAAGGUUGGCCGAGCUUCUCCCGUUCGUGGACGUCAACCGCCACUGGGGAAUCAUCAGUAAGUGCCUGACAUAUAGCAAGGCUGCGUCUGACCCCUUCGCCUACUCUCUCCUACGUCAGCAGUACAAGAAAGUCCUGGUCACCGUCGUCAACAGGCUACUCCGACGUGACCUGUACCCUUCGUCUGGCCAUAACAGCUCUUUAGACACGGAGAACGACUACUGUCUCCAGAGGAUCAGUUAAUGGCAAAUGCAGGACGUGACAUAUACACACGCUACAGUGCAGGCCAAAAAUAAAGGUUGCCUCUUGCAGA